AUGGGUUCAAGUAAUGCUCCUUGGGCAGAUGCGCCCUUCGCCCUCAUCUCGAGUCCAGGACGAGGUGAGAACCUCCAGAAGCUUGAUGAUGCAGUCUUCAUUGCGCGCGAAAUGGCGAAUGCACACAAUGGGAUGCUUCGAGCCCUCAAUUCCAUUUAUCAGCAGUGCAUCUUUGUCAAAGAACCAAAGGAUGUCAAGGACUUGCUCCUGUAUGCGACGUUCUGGUGUGAUUGGAUUCAUGAACACCAUACGGGCGAGGAGACGUUCCUCUUUCCGCAAAUCGAAGAAAUUACUGGAGUGAAGGGGUUAAUGGAGGUCAAUGUUGAACAACACCAUGCGUUCAUGGAGGGAUUGGAGGCGUUCCAUAAAUAUGCGAAGGAAACCAAGGUCGAGGAGUAUGACGGGAUGAAGCUGAAGGUGGUCAUUGAUCGCUUUGGUGGGAAAUUGACGAAGCACUUGACUGAAGAAAUCGGGACUUUGUUGGGCUUGAAAACAUAUGACGGGCCGGCGUUGAAGAAAGCGUAUCUGAAAUUCGAUGGAGAGAUGAGGAAAGGAGAGAAGAGUAUACUGUAUCCGAUUGUUUUUGGUUCGUCUGACAACAGCUAUGAAGAGGGCUUCGAAUGGCCUGAAGUACCAGGGCCUAUUCGAGCUCUUGUGCAUUACUGGUUCGAGAGGAAAUAUCAGGGCGUUUGGAGGUUUUGUCCAUCGACUACGUGGGGAGAGCGUCGACCUCUCAUGUUUACAGAAAAGCAGAGUUGAAUAGCAAUUUGAGAUGGGUAAUGAAACGCUUGAUAGGAUUUCAUACUUGGGAGGACAACGGUGUCACUGGGAGUUAUAGUAUUGGCACUUGCCAGAGGGUUUGUAAUGAUCUUGAUCAAUUUGAAGAGAC